CAGAAACAGAAGAACUUAAGGCUCAUCUACAUGGUAAAGCUGAUGUAUCUAAAACAGCACAGAACUUUAAUUUCUUGUAGAUUUUAACUUUUAUCUUGAUAUGAUCCUAACACAACCAUGGACAGGAACCUGUUGGUUUCAACACUGCUCAUGUUACUUUACUUGACAACUUACGUAUCAGUUUUGUUGUUUUUCAGGGGAGAUGAUACCAGAAAAUGUUACUUUGCACAUGUGGGAGGGGAAUGUCACUAUAACCUGGGAUCCUCCACAGGAAAAUCCUGGGGAUUACCUCUAUCAAGUUCAGCUGAAUAAAUAUAUUGAUACUUUUGGAGAGUGGCAAAAUGUUUCCCACUGUAAUCUUCUUAAAGCCACCAUAUGUAAUAUUGGAUAUCUUUCAGCGGUCUCAAAUUUCAGAGUGCGAGUUGGAGUACUCACAACUCAAAACAAUAUUUCAUGGAGUGUUAAACGGCGUAUUAAUAUUCGAAAUAGUCAGCUGUUUGCCCCGACAUUCACUCUGUCAUCCACUUCAUAUUCUGUGAGAAUCAAGAUACAAAGGAAACAGAUACUUGAAGAGAUCUUUCCCUAUAAUGUGCAAUACACGGUGUAUCUGUGGCCCGAGGGGCAGGAAAAGCAGACACUAAAAAUGACUAAUGACAACACUGAUGAUGAUGGUGAGAUGACUUUCAGCUCAUUAAAGCCCUUGAAAGUGUACUGUGUGCUUGUGGAGGUGCAGAGUACAAGUUCUAGCACCAACUCUACUGUUCACUGCAUAAAACUACCAUUAGAUGCAACACUGAUUAUUUGCUUCAUUCUACUGGGUCUUUUUUGCAUGACAGUUUUUCUAAUACUCUUCAUUUGUUUCCUGAGGCGACCUCGGAAAAUGCCUAGCGCUUUGAACCUUUUCGUGAAUGUUUGGAAGCCCAUGAUUAUAAAAUCUGAUGAAGUGGAGACUGUAACAGACAAGGGAUGGACAUUCAUCACCAACACCAUGGGUACAAAGCAGAUCGCUGAAUUUACUGAGGAAAACAAAGAGAGAAGAGAAAGCCUUGACAGUGGAGUAAGCAUCGAACAGCUGCCUGUCAGCAGUGCAAAGAUUGUGGAAAAUAUUGAAGAUGUACAAGUGGACAGUGGUUGUGAAAGUCUAAAGGAAACUGAGGUCAGUGGAAGCACCAGGGGAGUCACAAGACAAUUCUCCACGCAUGAGCUGCACUGCAGUGGAAAAAAUGAGGGAACUGGGGACAGUGGAUUGGGACUAGUGCAUCAUGAAGUUUCUGGUUUUCUGGAAGGGGAAGACACUGCACUAUUGUCUAAGGUCUUGGUUGGAGAUGGAUAUCGUAGUCAGAGUCCCGCAAGCGUGGAUGUACAAAAUGACCUGGACUCAAACAUGGCUGCUCCAUCAGCUGGAUAUAGGUCUGGUCAGGUAACAUGUAUGUGUUCUGACCAUGAAUACUGCAUUUGGUGCAAAUGUAAAAAUCCUUUCACUGAAGGCUGUCAACCAGUGGGUCAGUCACAGACAGACAUUGGACAAACUGAUGAUGGCAGCUCUGUGAGUUCUAGAUACAAGAUUAAGAGUUUAAUGCAAACAGUAAAUCUUUUACAUAUGGAAAAUCCAGUGACAGAGCCCACACUGCCGGACAAUAACUGCACUGAUUCGUCUCUGAAUCUCUUGUCAUGUCCACUACUUCUGCAAAAAGAACAGAAACAAGACAGUUUAAUGACUUUUACACUUGAUACAGUGGAACUUACAUUUUCUUGAAACUGCUUACUGUUGAUGUCUGCAUGAACAGAGAACAAGUGUGACUGAAAACAUGGUCUUUAACCUUCAGCUGGAUAUGUGGAGAAAUACACCAGUGGUAUUAUCACACAUAUAUUUCACACAAACUUUUACAUUGCAUAAACUGUAAUUUAAGAUCAUCGAGUGUCGUCAUUUAUUGCCAAUCUGGACAUGCGGAAGGAUGAACAGAUGGGGGAAAUUAAUCCUACAUAACAAUGCAAAAAAAAUUUGCCCUGUGCUGCUGUUGAUUAAAACAUUUUUGCCUAAAAAUUGCAAUAAUUGGA